AUGGCCACUGAGUCUCCUCAAGCCGGCGUGCGCGUUGCAGCUACCCUUCCAGCCCUUUCUCUUCGCAAGAUCCUUCUCGUGCAUCUUAUCAUAUUCCAAGAGGCGCUAUUUGGCUGCCAUGUCUUCGGAAUCAGGAUAUCAUGGCUAAACCGAACGUCACGGCCCGGCGUUCCGGAAGCGCUCUUCGACUACGAUCGAUCGGAAUUUGGGAGCCCGGAUCCAACACGACUGAGCCCAGGCAAGCUUCUCGGCAUCGGCCACACGGUUACUUGGAUCAAUUUCAUAGCCAAACCGCAUUUCCGCAUACUCACAGAUUGGGCAGAGAUGGAUGAAUUGAUAUCCCACUCUUGUCUAUUGAUAUCCGAUGGUAACGAUGGGAACUAUGUCUUCGAUGGCACUGCCGAUCAAUAUGGACGAGACUGGAAGACACAUUGGUUCAUGGCACGGGAGGAGCUUGUUGCAAACUUUCUGGAUCCCAAGUACUCGGACCCGAGGGACAUUUGGACGACGGACGAACAGGGGGAGGUCGCUAAGUGCGAGAGGCUUGAGGGAAAGGAUUGCAGCCACGGAUACUGGGCGGUCGGAUACUGGGUAGUCGCGCGCAGGCGUAUGGAGCAGAUAUUCCAGGAGCUGAACUGGGCAUCUCUCCGUGGGCUGUCGGACGACGAUGUGGAGGAACGUAUCCGUUCCCUGAGCAUGGCCAAGUUUGAGGGGGCAUUCGAGGAAGCGCAGUUGGAUUAG